AUGUCUGGUGAACAGUCUGGUGGAGAGAACGGUGGUAGUGCCAGUGACAGAGAACCAGAACCAGCCAGCUCCCCUGAGGAGUCCAAACCUAACCUGUGUUGCACCCCUGACACCUCAGACCCAUCUCCCCAGGUUGAGGAGUCCCGCUUUGGCCUGUCUAAAUCCUGCACCGACCCAGAACCCAAAGCUGACAACCCCAAAUACUCCCCUGAGCCCAACGUCCUCAUCGAAGGCCUCUCAGGCUCUGUAUCUCUCCCUUUCAGCCUGAGGGCCAGCCGACCUCCACUGGAGGUCCUGAAGAAGAUCUUCCCAGCCCACAAACCAGCAGUCCUGGAGCUCAUCCUGAAAGGCUGCGGUGGGGACCUGGUCGGAGCCAUCGAGAUCCUGCUCUCCAGCCGUUCUACGAUGAAACCAGAAAAGGUUCUGUCUGAGAACUCAGAUGCUCUGGUACUCCCCUCAAACGGCCAUCUCUUUGAGCACCCGCUGAGUUCGUACCCGGUCUCGUCUUCCAAGUGGUCGGUCGGUUCGGCCUUCCGUGUUCCCGAUUCCCUGCGCUUCUCCUCAGAGCCUUCUGCUGGAGUUGUACAAGGCCCUCUUAGCAUGCCGCUCCAGCACGGCUUCCCCCAGCCACCUCGAUACCCCCUCAUCCUGAGAAAUUCAUUGAGCCGUGGCCAAGCCGGGCCCUUCGUGCACAACGAUUUGACUCUGUGGAAUACCAUGACAUUACAGCAGCAGUAUCAGCUGCGCUCACAGUACAUCCCUCCGUUCUCAGGCCCCUCAGCCGGAGUGAUCCGCAGCUCACCGCUCCUCACCAGCAGGCCCACCGAGGAGCAUCGAAUCAGCAUCCAGGAGGACAGCUGUCCUGUCAUUGCCAAACAGAGCAUGUUUGCUGCAGAUGAGGAGUAUGAUGAAAGAUCUGACUCCUCAGACUCUAGGAUCCUGAACACUUCCUCCUAA